AGCUCCUGCACACCAAAGCUCUAAGAUCAUUGCUGGCACCGAGGGGAGUCGGCGAUGGUGGGCCGGUGGGGGCGAGGCUCCGAGCCGGUUUCGGAGCUUCGCUCGCUGCCCUUCGCCCGCAGGCUCGCCUACUUCGACGGCGAGUUCGAGCGGCUGCGGCGGGAGCGGCGAUUGCCGGCUUCAUCCUCGGCCCGGCUCCGGGCGCUGGAGCCGCUGCUGCGCCGCGGGCCUAGCCGCUCCCCCGGCCCUCGGUCGGCGCUGGCCGCCGGCGCCCUGCUGCUGCUGCUGCUGCUCCUGCCAGGCGGCCUACUCCGCGCCGGCCCGGCCGCCCGCUUCCUCAGCUUCUGCGGCCGUGCCCUGCUCAUCCAGUUGCUGCCUUAUUGGGAUUGGACGUUGUACUCCAACACAGACUGCCUGAUCAGGAACCCCUAUUAUUUUGUGAGAGGCCUCGAGUCCUUACAGCUGACUGACUGCAUCAAUGUGUGCCAGAAAUACCCAACCGUGGAAUCUGUGCAGAAAGUGGAUCCAAAAGUUGUUCUUCAGAAGUAUCUGCGUCAGAAUCUACCCCUUGUAAUAACGGAUGGGGCUGAAGAAUGGGUUGCGCUGAGGGAUUUCACUGUGCCAUUCCUAACUCGGUUGUUCAGUGGACAUCCAGUACUGCAGAAUACAAUUGUGUGCAGUUACUGGGACUCUCAAGACUCUCUGGAGAAAAGCCCAAGUGUUUUCUUAGAAAAGAUCCAUCAUCAGAGACUUGCCCACUGGGCAGUUCAAUGGAAGAAUUGCAACAAAGUAGCGGCAAAGGUGAUCCGUGGAUUUUAUCAACGGCCUUACUUCCUUCCGGCAGUGGUGGAAUUGGCAGAGUCGAACUGGUUGCUAAUGGCAGCACAAACAGAAAAUGGUGGCACAGGGGACCCAUUUGUAAAGGUGGGAGAUCAUGAUGGGGACUUGCUAAUGUGGAUUGCCCAGCUACAAGGGGUUUUUGAGGUUCAGCUCUUGCCGAAAGACUUGUGUGUAAACAACUGUACUCACUACACCCUGCGGCUUUCACCUGGUGAGGCAGUUGCUGUACCACUUCAGAUGUGGGAGGUUCAGUAUCGUCCUUCCAGUGCCACUGCUAUUGGACUUGCUGCAACAGGAAACUGGCUACAAGACUCCAGGUGAUGGUGCCAGAAGUGGUUCUGCAAGAACAUGUCCUGCCUCGGGAAAUCUAGGAUUUUGACAAUGGCCAACGUGUACUGCUUUGAGUUUGUACUGCUAACUAGUACCUGGUUUGGAUUGUGUUGCCUUAUUUGUUUGAUUGUUUAGAGGGUUUUAUUUCUGGGGUUACUGAAAGGAGAGAUUAUAUCAUUGUUGGGCUGCUGAAAUGGAGGAGGGAUAUACGGUCUAAAGGUAAUGUAUGUCAGUGGGUUAUACAUCCACAAGAAAUAACAUAUCAGAAUAUAGAUUUUAGUAUCAAAGGACUGGAAUGACAAAAAGGGAAAGUGCUGUUGGUUGCAAUGACCUCACAAAAAGGGGGGUUCUCUUUUAGAAGGGGCCACAGCACUGAUACACCAGAACGGCCAAAGCUGAUAAGGUUAAAUUAAGAGAUUUCACUGAUUUCCACCAGUGUCAAUGCACGGCCCUUUCCUUGAAAUUACAAGUGGGAAAGAUUAGCCAAUUGUUUGCAAGAGGGCUUGUGUCACUAAAUAAACAUUUUUUUUAAAGGGACCACAAUUUUGGAGUGUAUGGGGAAGCAAUUUUUUUUUAUUU